UCUUACAUGUCCUUCAGAAUUUAUGUAUCUGGUCGUAUUAUUUUUGUUAAUGAAAUUUGGUCUAGUGACAGCUAUUGUGUGUUAUUACAAUUUCAUAUAUAGUAGUAGUAUAGUACAUCAUCAUAAAUGUUCAUUAUUUUGGCAUUUUUUCUAUAUCUUGUGCAUUAGAGGUCUAGUUUCAAAUUUAUUGCAGGUUCAUAUUUGUAAAACUAAACGAUGAAGGUGGUUGUUACUUAAUAACUAGGCUGUUAGUCUGUUAAUUCAAUCAGCUGUUUCUGCUACUGAACUUAAUUCAAUCAGCCACUGUUAUUGUUAGUCAGAUGCUGAUGAGUUACUAGCUAGCUAUAUAAGUCAUGUGUACUUGGUUAUUCUAGUUGAUGAAAAUUCAGAUCAUUCAUUCUUCCAAAAUCUAUUUUCUCUCAUUUCCUUCAGGUUUUAGGGGGUUGGAAUUGGAGAGAUGAGGAAAUGGGAUUUAUUCCUGUGGUUGUUUAGAAUGGCUCUACAGUUCUGCUUCUUGCUCGGUGCCUGUUCUGAGAUUACCUCAUUUAGCAGAAGAAGCUUGAGAGGGAUCAGUAACUCAGAAUCGAUUUCUGCCUAUUCUCCAGUCAACCUGAAUACAGAAAAUCCUCACCAGGUGGUGAUUAACAACAGUUUGGUGUCCAUCACUUUAUCAAGACCAGAGGGAUAUAUCAUUGGAAUAUCGUAUGGUGGAAUUGACAAUUUACUUAAUACUCUAAUUGACGUACAAUAUAGAGGGUACAUGGACGUUGUUUGGAACCAACCAGGAACACCUCCCCAAUUUCAGAGAAUCCAAGGGACAAAAUUCUCAGUCAUAACAAAGGAUGAUGAUAUGGUGGAGAUUUCAUUUUUUAGCGAAUGGACAUCAUCUAUGGAAGGUUCAAGUGUCCCUAUGAACAUAGACCAAAGGUAUAUAUUACGACGAGGGGAUUCAGGGUUUUAUUCAUAUGCAAUAUUUGAGCGAUCUGAAGGAUUACCUGCAGUGGUGGUAGAUCAAACUAGGCUUGUCUUCAGGCUUAGAGAAGACAUGUUCAACUAUAUGGCUAUAUCAGAUACUAGGCAAAGGAUAAUGCCCUCACUCAAAGAUAGAAAUGAAGGUCAACACCUGGCAUAUCCUGAAGCUGUUCUCCUAACCCAUUCAUCUAUCCCACAAUGUAGGGGAGAGGUGGAUGACAAAUACCAAUACUCAAGUGAGAACCAAGACAACAAUGUCCAAGGCUGGACUACCACAGAUUCUGCACCAACCGUGGGUUUCUGGAUCAUAACACCAAGUAAUGAAUUCCGCAAUGGUGGGCCCAUUAAACAAGAUCUCACCUCUCAUGUUGGCCCUACUCUACUCUCCAUGUUUACCAGCACCCACUAUGCUGGCACAGAUGCAGUCAUGGCAUUUAAAGAAGGGGAGACAUUUAAAAAGGUUUUUGGCCCAGUUUUUGUCUACCUUAACAAUGCAUCAAGCAAUAGUAAAUCUUUAUGGUCAGAUGCUGCAAAAAAGCUAUCCAAUGAAGUUAAAAGCUGGCCUUAUGAUUUCCCUCGAUCACAAGAUUUCUUUCCAUCCAAACAGCGAGGACAAGUUACUGGACAGUUACAAGUAAAAGAUGGGGGAAAAACGUCUGUAUAUCCAAGCAAUGCCUACAUUGGUCUAGCUUUUCCCGGUGAAGCAGGAUCUUGGCAGACAGAAAGCAAGAGUUAUCAAUUCUGGACUCGAACUGACGAAAAUGGAAACUUCAAAAUAGAAAAUAUUGUCCCUGGGGACUACAACUUGUAUGCAUGGAUCCCUGGCUUUAUUGGAGAUUACAAAUAUAAUGAUAUAAUCACCAUCGAAUCAGGGCGUUCCAUCGAAUUGGGUACACUUGUAUAUAGGCCUCCAAGAAAUGGUUAUACUCUUUGGGAAAUUGGCAUCCCAGAUCGUUCAGCUGCAGAAUUCUUUGUACCAGACCCUAACCCUAGACUCAUGAACAAGUUAUACAAGAACGAUCCCCAUGACAAGUUUAGGCAAUACGGGUUGUGGGAACGUUACACUGAUUUAUACCCAGAUCAUGAUCUAGUUUACACGGUUGGUGUUGACAAUUAUAAAAAUCAUUGGUUUUUUUCUCAUGUUAACAGGAAGAUAGGAAAAAACACAUUCCAACCAACCACAUGGGAGAUUGUGUUUCAACUUCAAAAUAACACAUUGAAAGGAAAGUACACACUACAAUUGGCCCUGGCAUCAGCCUCUAAUGCUGAAGUGCAGGUUUGGUUCAAUGGCUGGAAUGCUGAUUAUCCCUACUUCACAACAGGGGAAAUAGGCAAUGACAGUGCAAUAGCAAGGCACGGCAUUCAUGGAUUGCACAGGUUGUAUAGCAUAAAUGUAGCAAGUGAUCAAUUGGUAACAGGAAAGAAUACAAUCUAUCUGAGGCAGUCAAUAGCUACAAGUCCUUUCCAAGGAGUUAUGUAUGAUUAUAUCCGCUUAGAAAGUCCUCCAACUCCAGAUACAUGAUUCUGUACAUCAUACACCGGAGGACCACAUACAGGCCUCGUCUCACACGAUGAUGACGAGACGAGGCCUAUCAAAGGCAUACAUAAAAUUUUGGCUAUCAUGAAGAAUAAAACCAUUCAGUUUAAUUUUUCCAAUUCUGAUUUUUAUGUUCAUGUGUUAAGGAUAAAGUUGAUUCUUCCAAUUAGUACUUACAUAACCUUAUGUUACCUAUGGUGUCAGCUAAAUAGUAGUAGUGAUUAGAGUAUAUAUCCGAUGAGGAUUUCAACUCAAGUAUUAAUUCACAGAAUUUUAUC